AUGAAGACUAUUUCUACACAUUUAAUUACAAAUAAUAAUGAAUUAAAUCUAUCAAGAAUAAUAAGAAAAUCAUAUGAAAAUUAUAAUCAAGCUGCUGGUGAUAUUAAUGGAAAUGCUACAAUAGCUCAAGUAGAACAUGAAAGAGAUGCAUGCGAAGAAGAAUUAUAUAGAUUACGUUAUGGAAUUGAAAAUUUAUUAGGUAAUAAUGAACAUGGUGAUUUUAAAGAACAACAACAAAGAUUUAAAAAUUUACAAAAUCCAUUUCGAACAAUGAUGAAUCAGAGAACUAAUUCGAAUAGUACGUUUGAAGAGAAAGUUAUCCAAGCUUUUAUAGAUAUUAUUAUAGAUAAAAAAAAUGGGAGUUGGUUAGAUCGUUGUUGUUCUGCUUGUUGUCGUCGUCGUUGGAGAAGAAAUAAAUCUAAUAAUACGUUUCAAUCUUCACGUCAAACACCACGUCAUAGUGAUUCAGUUGUUUCUACAUCACCAUCUCCAUCUUCGACAUCAUCACAUUAUAAUGAUCCAAAUACGAAUCAUACAAAAAGUAGUUUAAGACAGAAUAUUAGUAAUUUGAUCAAUCCAAAUAAAACGAAUACAUCCAAUUUAUUAAUAUCGAAAGAUAUAAAUGAUCCUGCGUAUAAUUCAGUGGUUGCUAAAAUGCUUGAAGCAAAAGCAUUGGACUGUCUUUGUUCUGGAUAUUCUAAGAAAAACAUUGAAAAACAAAUUACAAAAGAAUUAUCUAAGUUAAAUCAAAGAGUUGAUGAACAUCAAUGGAACUCAGGAAGUACUACACCAUCACCUAUGAUUAAUGAAUCAUCAUCUGUUUCAUCCGUAUUAUCCGAUGAUAAACCUUUUUAUCCUAGUUCUAAAAUACCACAACAAAUAUUAUCUCCAUCACCUAGUGCUAAAUCAUCGAAUGUAGACAAUAUGACACCAACAGUAAUAUCACCAACCAAUAGUACACAGAAAAUUAAAAGUUCAUUAAAAUUAAAUGAUAAAGAUAAAUCACCUAAAAAAAAUUCGAAAGUAACUAUUGCUCGAAGUAAAACACCAAAAUCAAAUAAAUCUAAAACUACGAAAAAACCAUCUUCAAAACAACGCAAAAAAUCGACUAGUAAAUCAAAAACUCGUAGCAAACCCAAUGUGUCAAGUAAAAGUCGAAGUCCAUCUAAAUCAAAAAAGAAAAAUCCAUCAAAAUCUCCGUCACGAAAACAGAGUAAUAGUAAACUAAAACCAAAGAGUAGUGGAAGUACUCGAAAGAAAAAGACAAAAUCAAAAUCAAAUAAUCAAAUGAAUGAUUAUUCAUCAAUUCUAUUACCGACAUUUAUAUAUCCCCAAUCAUAUCAAGAAUUAUAUCCAGAUCGACAAAGAUCUUUCAAAGUUUAA